GUGCCCAAUUUCGAUUGGCGGAAAGGACACAAGGCCGCCACACGCUCGCUGCCACCUCCUCACCGAAACCACCAACCACCGCUCUCUACACCUUCAAUCAUCACGGCCAAACGCCUGUAUCCAAUUUACUACUUUACAAAUGCAUUCACUCGAACAAGAAGCCUUAAACCUUCGCGAAGUUCAACGGCUUGAAGGUCACACCGAUAGGGUUUGGAGUCUCGCUUGGAAUCCGGCCACCGGUGCAGACGGUGUACCGGCUGUUCUCGCUUCCUGCAGCGGCGAUAAAACUGUUCGAAUCUGGCAACAACGGAGCAAUUCCUCUUUUUCCUUUGACUGCAAGGCGGUUUUAGAAGAUAGACAUGAUCGAACGGUUAGAUCUUGUGCUUGGUCACCAUCUGGUAAACAACUGGCAACUGCAAGUUUUGAUGCCACCAUUGCUAUCUGGGAAGAGAAUGGGAGUGACUUUGAAUGUGUAUCCACAUUAGAGGGGCAUGAAAACGAAGUUAAAAGUGUGUUGUGGAAUGCAUCUGGUUCACUGCUUGCAACUUGUAGCCGAGACAAAAGUGUUUGGAUAUGGGAAGUUUUACCUGGGAACGAGUUUGAAUGUGUUUCUGUGCUGACUGGGCAUACGCAAGAUGUUAAAAUGGUCCAGUGGCAUCCAACUGUCGAUGUUUUAUUCUCUUGUAGCUAUGAUAAUACUAUUAAGGUUUGGGCAGAGGAUGGUGAUAGCGAUGAUUGGCGUUGUGUGCAGACUGUAAGUGAAUCAAACAGUGGACACACUUCUACAGUAUGGGCAUUAUCUUUUAACGUCACUGGAGAUAAGAUGGUUACUUGCAGUGAUGAUCUCACCAUUAAGGUGUGGGGAGUGGACAUUAUAAGAUUACAAUCUGGUGAUGUCAAUACAUCUUGGUGCCACCUUUGCACUAUGUCUGGUUAUCAUGAUCGGACUAUUUUCUCAGUCCAUUGGUCAAGGGAAGGAAUAAUAGCUACUGGAGCAGCUGAUGAUGCUAUACGUUUAUUUGUCAAGUCCGAAGAUCAUUCGGUUGAUGGACCUUCAUAUAAAUUGCUUCUUAAGAAAGAAAAGGCGCAUGCCAUGGACAUAAAUUCAGUCCAAUGGAGCCCUACGGGUAACAUGCUUCUCGCUUCUGCAAGUGAUGACACUACCAUCAAAAUUUGGAAGUUGGAAUCUAUGCAGUGAACAGUGAACACUAAAUCAUUCUUCGCAGCGCAGCUUAUGAUAAUGCCAGGUUGCUGAAACACUAGUGCCGGAUUCUGAUUUUCUUUUUCUGGUAAGAAGCACAAAAGCACAACUAUUAUGCUCUUUGUGUGCUUUUUUUUAAAUGUAUUUAACACAUGAUGCUUAUUACUCGUGGCCUUUGGAUGUAUGAAGUUGGACCGAAUUUUCAUUUCAUCUUGAACCUGUCUAUCCUCAUUUAAGGAUAUACCGACAACAUCAUCUGUUAGGUCAAUUCCCUAUGAUUUA